AAGACAAGCUAAUCACUUCAUUUGAAACUCCCUUAAAGCCAGCAUAAUGUCUCUCUGAGAAUUGAAGUGGGUCUGAUACGGUUUGGUCUAGCAAGGUCCAUGCCCGUAUCGUAUCAAGGUUCGAACCCUAGACCUUAAACCGUAGCCAGGCUCACUUCAAUUUCUCAAGAUGCAGCCGAAUUGUCUCUUCGUCUUAUUUUUCACAUUUGCUGCAAUAAUUCCAACUCUCACGGCUCAUAUUGGCGAUUUUGAUGAGGUAUGGCAAAAGCGGGCCGAAGAAGCAAAGAAGGCUGCCCUUGAAGCCAACAGCCGCAACCCUGCUGACUUUAACCAACACUUUCACAAGGCUUUAUCUAACGGCACCCAUUUGGCAACGAACGCCACCACUACUAGGAGAAGCCUAGUUAUGAGGAGAACGUACAGGGGCAGAUGUGUGGCCACCAACUCAAUCGACAGCUGCUGGAGAUGCGACCCGAAUUGGCAUCUCAACCGUAAGAAGCUGGCGCAAUGCGCCCUUGGGUUCGGCCACGGCACCACCGGCGGCAUGGCCGGAAAGUUCUACGUCGUCACCAAUCCUUCCGACAACGAUGUCGCCAACCCCAGACCCGGCACCCUCCGCCACGCCGUCAUUCAAAAGGAGCCACUAUGGAUCAUAUUCAAGACCAGCAUGACGAUCACGUUGAAGCAGGAGCUGAUGAUGCAGAGCCACAAGACGAUCGACGGUCGCGGAGCUAAGGUCCACAUCGCUUACGGCGCGGGCAUCACCAUCCAAUUUGUUAGGAACAUCAUCAUUCACAACAUUUACGUGCACGAUAUUAAGGUGACUUAUGGGGGCAUGGUCAGAGACUCCGUGGACCACGUCGGGUUCAGGACGGUGGCCGAUGGAGACGGGGUUUCGCUCUUCGGGGCUUCCAAUGUUUGGGUUGAUCAUCUGUCCAUGCACAGGUGCGCCGACGGGAUCGUUGAUGUUAUCGAGGGUUCAACUGCCGUCACCAUUUCGAAUUGCCACUGGACUGAUCAUGACAAGGUCUUGCUAUUCGGUGCCCGCGAUAACAACAUCCAGGAUGACUCCAUGCGUAUUACGGUUGCAUACAACCAUUUUGGAAAAAGGCUAGUUCAAAGAAUGCCGAGAGUCCGAUCAGGAAUCGUCCAUGUCGUGAACAACGACUACACCCACUGGGAGAUGUAUGCCAUCGGCGGAAGCAACCAUGCUACUCUCAUUAGCCAGGGCAACCGGUUCAUUGCCCCAGACAGACCUGAAUUCAAACAGGUUACGCAUAGGGAUGCCCCCGAGUUUGAGUGGAGGAAAUGGACAUGGAGAUCGCAGGGAGAUCUGUUCGUAAACGGCGCCUUCUUCGUUCAAUCUGGAGAUCCUAAUGGGCCUAAAAGACUGGGAACCCUUGACCACGUCCAAGCGAAGCCUGGGGCAAUGGUCAAGAGACUGACCCAAUUUGCUGGUGUCCUCGGCGGUUGCAGACCCGGCGUUGCCUGUUAAGUUUGGAAUGUUUGCGAACAGAUUUUGCGAAGAAAAAUUCGCAAGUUUACAGUGUUGAUAAGAUGAGAAGCAAGGGAACAGAAAAGGAGGGCAAUGAAGUGAGGAGGGAGGGAAAAUGAGUUGCCACAACAUAACUCUUUGUAGUAAUUUUAUUAUGUGGUCCAAUGGCUCUGCCCAAUUUGUUUGUUUAGGGAAUUGAGAAUACAGAAUUUUGUAACAGACAAACCUUUCUUUUUCUUGAAGAUCAGUGAUAGAUAAACUGGCAAUGCCAUUUUUGUAAUUACAAUAAAGAGAUCUUUUGUGUGAUUUUGUUCUGAA